AUGUCUUAUUAUUAUACAACUUCACCAAAUUAUUCAAAUGGUUUUAAUUUUAAUGAUUUAAUAAAUUUAUUAAAUAAUCAAACAAUUGAAGAUCAUCAAAGACAACAACAACAACAACACUAUCAACAACAUUAUCAACAACAUCAACAACAACUUCAACAACAACACCCUCAAUAUCAACAACUUCAAAAAAAUCAAUUGGAAAAUUAUUUAAAUAAUCAAAUUCAAAAAUCAAAUCAAAAUAUAAAACCAAGAAUUAUCAAAAAAUUAGAAACAGAAGAUGAAUUUCAAAUUCAAAUUUAUAAACCAAUUGGAAAUUAUAAUAAUUAUGAAGUUAUAAUAAAACAAUCAAACCCAAAUCAACCAAUUAUAAAUUUAAUUAUAUAUUCAAAAGAAGAUAAUUUUAAAAUUGAAUUUAAAUUUAAUUUAAAUUAUAUUGAUAUUGGUAAUAUAAAUUGGAAAUGGUAUAAACAAAAUAAUAUUUUAAUUUUAAAUAUCCCCAAGAAAUUACAUUUUAUAAAUCAUUAUGAUGAAAUUUUAAAUCAUUUAAUUGAUUCAUUACCUAAAAAUUCUCAGGAAUAUUUAAAUUAUGAAGAAGAAGAAUCUAAAAAUUUUGAUGCUUACCAACAUGAAAUUGAAGAAGAUUAUCCAGAAGAAGAAGAUGAAGCUGAUGAAAAUGAAGAUCAAAGAGAUGAAAAUUUACAAAAUUCAAUUAAUGAUCAUGAUAAAUUAAUUAAAGAUGCAAUAACUUCAUUAAUUUCAAGUAAUUCUAAUAACAAAGGUAAUAAUAAAUCAAAUGGUAAUUUACCUGAUAAAUUAGAACCAGAGGAUCCAAAUGCUAAAAAAUUAGCUGAAAAAGUUGGUAAAGAAGCUGCUUCAAAAGGUAAAAAAUUAGAAGAACAAGAUUCUGAAAAAAGAGAAAAAGAAUUAGCUGCUAUUGACGCUGAAACAGAGGCUAAAAGAAAACAACAAAUUGAAGAAGAAGAGAGAAGAAGUAAAGAAGAAGAGGCUAAAGCAAAAGCUGAGGCAGAUGCUGCAGCUAAAGCUAAAGCUGAGAAAGAAGCAAAAGCUAAAGCCAAAGCAGAAGCUAAAAAACAAAAACAAUUAGAAAUAAUAAAAAGAAAACAAGAAAUUGAAAAUCAAAGAAAACAAUUUGAAUUAAAACAAAAAGAAGAAGAAGAAAAAAUUAAACAAGCUCAAUUAGAUUUAGAAAGAUUAAUUAAACAACAUCAAUUAGAUCGUGAAGAUGAAGAUGAUGAUGAAAAUGAAGAGGAACAACAUGAACAAGAUGAAGAACAAUUAAAAGAGCAAAAAUCUCAACAACAACCACAUCAACAACAUCAAAAUAAUGGGUAUGGUUUAACUCCUCAACAAUUACAACAACAAGAAUAUUUAAAUAAAUUAUUUGGUUAUAAUUUAGGUCCAGUUUUAUUUAAUAAUAUUCCACAAGUUCAUCAACCACAAGUUCAUCAACCACAAGUUCAUCAUCAACAACAACAACAACAACAACAAACUAAAAAACCACAACCUAAGCAAAAUCAACAUCAACAACCACAACCUCAAAAACCUCAAAAACCAAAUAAUUUAAAAUCAUCUAAUUCAAUAGAUUCAUCAAAAUCAAAAACAUCAGCUAAUGCUAUUAUUAAUAAAUCUAAUAAAAAUUUAAAUUCAAAUUCAAAUUUAAAUACAGCAAAUAAGAUUAAAAAAUCAAAUUCUCCAACUAUUGAAGAUGUUGAAGAUGAAGAAAGUAUUUUAUUUAGAAAAAGAUUUGAUCAUUAA